GAGAACCUUACGCAGAAAAUAAAUGCAUGACUUUACAAUGAAUCAAAGAUGGCUGCGCCCAGGGGAAGUCCGGUUAUUGACAAGGAGAAGAAAUAUGAUCGGCAGUUAAGGUUGUGGGGAGACCAUGGUCAAGCAGCAUUAGAAUCAGCCCAUGUGUGCCUCAUUAAUGCCACCGCAACAGGUACAGAGAUCCUGAAGAACAUCAUCCUGCCUGGGAUUGGCUCAUUCUCCAUCGUCGACGGCAACAAGGUCAAAGGUGAAGACAUUGGCAACAACUUUUUCCUUGAUAAGGACAGUCUUGGCAAAUCCAGAGCACAGAUUACCACUGAACUGUUGUUGGAACUCAACAGUGAUGUCAGGGGAGACUUUGUGGAAGAAAGUGCAGAGCAGCUCCUGGAGAACAACCCCCAGUAUUUUACAACUUUCAAUGUUGUCAUAGCAACAGAUCUGGUUGAGAGGACGUUGCUAGAUUUAGCAGCCUUCUUAUGGAAUGCUGGGAUACCUCUGCUGGUGUGUAGAAGUUAUGGCUUCAUUGGCUAUAUGCGCUUGGUAGUAAAAGAGCAUACAGUGAUUGAGUCUCAUCCAGACAAUGCAAGGGACGAUCUUCACCUUGACUGCCCCUUCCCUGGUCUGGUAGAGUUUGCUGACUCCUUGGACCUCAGUCACAUGACCAAACAGGAGCACAUGCACACACCUUACCUUAUCGUCCUGUACAAAUUCCUGGAGAAGUGGAAAGCAGAGCACGGGGGAGAGAUUCCCAAGAACUACAAGGAGAAGGACAGCCUUCGUCAGACGAUCCGAGGCGGGAUCCUGCUCAACGUGGACGGCGUACCGGAGCUGGAGGAGAACUUUGACGAAGCCAUCAAGAGCGUCAACGCAUCGGUGGUGGUGACGCGCGUCCCUAGCGAAGUGCAGGACAUACUCCGGGAUCCGUCAUGUGUCAAUCUCACGUCAGAGAGUUCUUCCUUCUGGGUGAUCGCCCAAGCCGUCAAGCAGUUUGUGGAUAACGAAGGUGGUGGCAAGCUCCCCUUACGUGGCUCUAUCCCAGACAUGACGGCCGACUCCAAGCGAUACAUCCAACUACAGAAUGUGUAUAUGGAGCAGGCCAAGCAGGAUUUCGCAGCUGUUGCAUCAAGGGUCCACCAGAUCCUUGUCUCAUUAGGAAAAACCCCUGAUAGCAUACCAGAUACGGAGAUCAAACUGUUCUGUAAGAACGCUCACUUUCUCCGAGUAGUCCGGUGCCGGUCACUGGCCCAGGAGUACACCAGGGACACAUGCAGUUCCUCAGAUAUAGCCUCCCAUCUAGAGAACCCUGACAGCGAGGUGGUGCUGUACAUUAUGCUGCGAGCGGCCGAUCGGUUCUACAAUCAAUAUAACCGCUUCCCUGGUUGCUAUGACGACCAAGUAGAAGGGGACACCUUCAAACUCAAGAGCUGUGUGCAUAAUAUCUUGCAUGAGUGGGGAGUCAACUUUACAAUGAAAGACGACUACAUCAAUGAAAUGUGUCGCUAUGGAGCAGCAGAGCUACACUCAGUUGGCGCUUUCCUCGGCGGAGCGGCUGCCCAAGAAGUCAUCAAAAUCAUCACUCAUCAAUUUGUCCCGUUCAACAACACAUACAUCUACAAUGCUACCACCGCCACAUCUGCCACGUUUCAGCUGUGAGGGGGAUACCCCAACGUCCCAUGCAUGGAAAGGACACCCAGCUCCACUGUAGAUCGGCGUGGACAUCCAGAAAGUUGGGAUAUUUUCUUACCUCACUCCCGGACUUUCUGGACCCAUUUUUCUUGAACCUCAACGGAACUCGAAUCCGGAGUUCUGAAUGGUAUCUAAGAGCAUCUGUUGAAAUUUGUCAUGCAAAUGAAUGGAUGUUUUCAUCAGCUGAUGUAGCACGGCCCCAACUAAUGUCCAAUACGGCAGAGUCUCACAAAAUCAAUCAUUUCAUUAAGAGCAAUUUCAGUUGUUUGCCUGAGAUAGGUCACUUUUUAACACCACCAUCAACUUCUUGAAUACAAUUUGUUGUCCUGCAGCAAUAACUGUCCAUCGAUAUCCCUCAUUUACGCCAUCAGCCUCGGUCCCAUCUUCAUAGUGAUUUUUGGCA